AGCUCAGUAUGUUUUGCUGGAACAAAACCAUGAAAAUCUUGAAAUGGUUAACUUUAUCCAGAGGAAUCCACAGCAUGACAAGGUAAAAUAAGAAUAUGACUUUCUAAGGGAAUCUGAUCACAUUUUGUCUCAAGAACGAGAUUUGGCCCUGAAGGAGAACAAGCUCCAAAUCAAACUGGAGAAUCUAGAACAGGUCCUAAAGCAUAUGCGAGAGGCUGCUGAAAGGCGCCAACACCUGGAGUUGGAGCAUGAGCAAGCACUGGCAGUACUUAAUGCAAAACAGCAAGAGAUUAACCUUCUGCAGAAGGCUCAGGUUGAAGCUAAAAAGGAACAUGAAGGUGCAGUGCAUCUUCUAGAGAAAACCUUGGACAGCAUGCAGGCCAAGGUUCGUGAACUGGAAGAAAAAUGUCGGACUCAGAGUGAGCAAUUCAAUCUGCUGUCAGAGGAGUUGGAGAAAUUUCGAUUGCAAGCUGGGAAAUUUGAUUUUCUUAGCUCCAGUCCUUUAGCUGUAUAUGGUUCUCCAGGAUAUUUAAAUAAGUCCCUUUCUCAGAUUAUCAAUGGUCUGGCUACUCCAUCUGGGAAAGGUAAUGACAACCCUGCUUCAGCUAGAACUGUGAUCUCAGAAAUUAUCCGACCUAUCCAGAAAUCUCCUGACAAAACCGAUUUCCUGUCUGUCAAACCAGCAUUCCUUGUCAGGUCUGGUCCUAACAGUCCCAGGCGUGGGUUCUUUGCUGAGAUGGACAAUGAACUAGUUUCCACUACAGCUAAAGUGAGGUAUACAGGAAAGGUUCGUCUUUGCAUUGCUCGGUACAGUUACAAUCCUUACGAUGGGCCAAAUGAGAACCCCGAGGCUGAGCUUCCACUUGUGGCAGGAAAAUACCUUUAUGUUUAUGGAAAUAUGGAUGAAGAUGGUUUCUAUGAAGGUGAAUUGUUGGAUGGGCAGAGAGGCCUUGUCCCUUCCAACUUUGUGGAUUUUGUCCAGGAUGAAGAGGUGCCUUUGGACCAAGCUGUAGAUAACACCAAGGAGCACAGUUACUUGAACCACACAAGCCUUGAGUCAGAGGGCACAAGCAGUGUAGUAGUAGACUCAAAAUACAAUGGCAACUUUGUUGGUGAUGCAGUCACUUGCAACAAUGGAAUGGGAACCUUAGAUGUUAACAUUGAUGAGAUUGGUGAAGAUAUUGUGCCUUACCCAAGAAAAAUUAACUUGAUUAAACAAUUAGCUAAGAGUGUAAUUGUUAGCUGGGAACCUCCUGUUAUACCUCCAGCAUGGGGAACCAUCAGUGGUUACAAUGUUUUAGUGGACAAAGAAGUGCGAAUGAGUGUUCCUUUUGGUGGAAGAACAAAAUAUUUAAUAGAAAAGCUCAAUUUAGUUUCUUGCACAUAUCGGAUAUCCAUACAAAGCAUUACAGAGAGAGGCUAUUCAGAUGAAUUUCGAUGCACAAUGUUAGUGGGGAAGGACGUAGUGGUUGCACCUCUUUUCCUCAGGGUGGACAGCACCAAGCAAAUUUCUGCUGAGCUUUCAUGGAUGCCUAGUAACAGUAAUUAUAGCCACACAAUUUUCCUCAAUGAUGCAGAGUAUGACUUGGUAAAGGCUGGCUGCUACAAAUACCAGUUUUAUAAACUAAAGCCCAAUUCAGUUUACAAGGUUAAAGUUGUGGCACAGCCUCAUCAGAUGCCAUGGCAGCUUCCCUUGGAACAACGAGAAAAACGUGAAGCUACAGUGGAAUUCUGUACUCAGCCUGCAGGUCCCCCAGCCCCUCCAAAGGAUGUGAUUGUCCACUGUGGGGCUUCUCCUGGCACAAUUCAGGUUUCCUGGAAGCCCCCUCUUCUGUCUCCAACAGGAACCUCCAAUGGCGCCAGUGUCAUUGGUUAUGCUGUCUGCACAAAAGGGCAAAAGAUUGCAGAAAUAAUGUUCCCUACAGCUGAGUGUGUGCUUAUUGAACUAAAUCGGAUCCAGGGUUUAGAAGCAAGGGAAGUUAUUGUCCGAACGCUGUCAGCACAAGGGGAGUCCACAGACUCCUCCGUCGCCAUCAUUCCGCACAGCCUUCUUGUGCCUCUUCCUUCACCUCACUCUCUCUCUGCUCCUAAAACGAAGCCAUUAUCAAGUGCCAGAGAUUCAGAAACCAAAGAGGAGCCUGGUGUCAUUCAUGGUGUGAGACUCAAUGAAUCCUGGGAGCCGGCUCGUUCACCUUCACCUGUUCAUCAUGGGCAAUCCUUAGAACCACCUGCUCCGCACUUUCAUAGUCCUUCACAUGGACAUCGCUCUCCUUCCCCACAGAGGAUCCUUCCCCAACCUCAAGGAGCUCCAAUACCCAACACUGUAGCCAAGGCCAUGGCUCGAGAGGCUGCCCAAAGAGUUGCUGAGAGUAACAGGAUGGAAAAAAAGAGUAUUUUCAGUGAGAGAAGCACUGCUGUUCAUGCUUUAAACUCUGAUGAAGAAGAGGAUGGAUAUGAAAGUCCACAUGUUAAAAGACGUGGAGCAUCUGUGGAUGAGUUCCUGAGAGGCUCAGAAUUGGGACGACAGUCCCAGUACAGCCACACUGAAGAUUACUUGUCAGAGAGUAGUCGGGGUUCAGAUUUAUCUGACAUUAUGGAGGAAGACGAGGAGGAGUUGUAUUCGGAGAUGCAGCUGGAGGAAGGUGGACGAAGGCGCAGUGUUACCUCUCAUAACACCCUUAAGCCUAAGCAUAAUGUCUUUGAAGAGGAAGUCAAACCUGAAAUGCCUUACCAGAAACAACCUUGCAGUAAAAAGCUUUUCAGUAUCCCUGAAGUAGCUGAGGAGGACUUUGAUAUCACAGAAAUGAACCAAACAUUUAAAAAGCGAGAUAAUCACAGUAGGUAUAACAGAAGUUCGACAGACACGGGCUCAGUGCUCAGAAGAUUCAAAGCGCCCAGCAAUGAGUACCAGCCAAACACACGAAGGCAGUCUUACCUUUCUCCAACUAAACAAGGUUCUUUCCACAAUUUGAGAGAUGGGCCUAACGCCUGCCAUGCGGACAGUGGAUCAUUCAGUAAAGAAUGGGCUUACAGUCGGGCAAACAGGCAGAGCACUAGAAGCCCUGAUAGUGGACUGGAUUGUGGCAGUGAAGAAGAGGACAGUCGCUCUUUAAAUUACAGAAGUUCUCUAACAACGAGUCCCCAGAAAAGUGUUCAAAUCACCAACAUCAAUGGCAAACCGCCCCAAAGUAGCUGCACUCCGUCCGGGGCUCGUAAAAGGACACUGACAAGGCAGUGCAGCAUUGAAGAAGAUUUUGGGCAGACACCCCUGCCGGUGGUCAAAACUGUGCAUGUAGCAGACUUUAAAACCUGGACUGUCCCAUGCAGAUAUCGAACGGAUAUGUGCCAGACAAACAUUAGGAAAGACUUAGUUUCGGAGGAAGGGAGAAGCCAUGCAUCGAGAACUGAAUCACAAAUUAAUCAAAAAGACUUUAAAUCAGCAAAUACCACUGCAAUGCUGACCAGCAGGGAAACAGAAGAGACUCUGAUUCUAGGGAACCCUUCUUCCACAGGACGAGCCGAUAGGCUGGAUUACUCAGGAAGAAGAUUGUCGCACAGCAAUGCAAUCUGUCAACGUCCCCGGCCGAUGAUGGUUCCAUCUAUUGAAAUCACCAUGGACAGUAACAGUGAAGGGGGCCAAUCCAGGUCAGGGAGUGAGGGGAAUGUCUCACCUGUCAAGGAGGAUGUUUACUAUCGCAGUGUAGCUGGACGCAGGAAAUGGCCAUUGCAGCGCAGUAUGGCCUCUGAGCAACGAUAUGAUGGUUACAGUGGCCAGGACCGGCACUCUUCUGAGUUCUAUGAUGAAUCGGAGCCCGAUUUGAAUGAAGAGCCAACUCGGAUAUUUGUUGCCCUGUUCGACUAUGACCCUCUGUCAAUGUCUCCUAAUCCUGAUGCUGCAGAUGAGGAGCUUCCUUUCAAAGAAGGACAGAUUAUAAAGGUGCAUGGCAAUAAAGACACAGAUGGGUUCUAUCGAGGAGAAAUAAGUGGGCGAUUAGGUCUUAUCCCCUGUAAUAUGAUCUCUGAAAUACAGACGGAUGAUGAAGAGAUGAUGGAACAACUCAUCAAACAAGGAUUCCUUCCACUCAACACACCAGUUGAGAAAAUAGUGAACUGCAGUCGUUUCAAAGACAGUGUGCGUUCAGUUAACCGCAGGUCCAGAAAGUCCAAGAGAGAAAGAAACCGUCGAAGUGGUAGACAGCAUUCCGUAUCCACAAGGAGGAUGGUUGCACUCUAUGAUUAUGACCCGAGAGAAAGCUCACCAAAUGUUGAUGUUGAGACAGACACAGAGAGGGAGACUCAGUUUGGGAAAGAGAGGCUGAAACUCGAGGCUGAGUUAACAUUUUGUGCAGGUGAUAUCCUAACAGUUUUUGGCGAAAUUGAUGAAGAUGGAUUUUAUUAUGGGGAAAUUAAUGGUCACAAAGGUCUUGUUCCUUCCAACUUUCUUGAAGAAGUGCCUGAAGAUGUUGAAGUCUUUCUCUCUGAUACCCCAUCUCAAUUUGUGCAUGACCCGCCACUGCGGACAAAGACUAAAAGGGUUCCCUCAGAAAACAUGGCUAACCCCAGAAGAGCUCCUUCUCCAACUGUGACCCAACAGCCUCCACCAGGACCAGGAACAAUAGGGGCCGGAAGUCCGAUAAGGACUAGGGAUAUGUCUGGAAAAAAGAAAAAGGGACUGUUCUCUAAAGGGAAAAAACUACUUAAAAAACUAGGGGGUGUAAAAUAAGUUUACUGAAGCACGAAAUCGUAAAACUUGGCUACAUGUGUCACAAGUAUUAUGGGAUGGGGGGGAUUCAAAUACUUCCCACUUGUAAAUUAAACACUGUGCAGUGGGGUUGGGGGGUUAAACACACUGGGGGAAUGACCCAUGUUUUAAAAGCUGCACUCCCAACUGUUGAAACUGUUGAUCCAUAUUGAUCUAGAUAUUAAUAUGUCACAUUUAUUUGAUUAUAUGAAUGUGGUCAAGUGAAGAAACGUUGUUUACAUUAGCAAUGCUCUAAUAGACUCCUUUUUAUAACCCUUUUCAAUAUUUACGAGUACAAUAGUUAAGAAAAGGGGCACCAUAGGACCAAAUUCAUGAAGAGCACAAAACUGGAUAAGCAAAUUUAAAACAGUGUGCAAUGGAUGUCAAAUGUUUGGGGGUCCACUGCAGUAUUGAUCAAGCCUACCUUCAUACAAAUACUCACAGCACCCAAGACAUCACCUACACACCUGCGUCCUGUGCUUCUAAAGCUGGGAACCUGCUACUGCAUCCACGUGUGACGAAUUCCCUAGUUGGAGCAAAGCCACGUUCUUGCCUUAUUAACGCCUAAUGUCUUGUUCUCUGUCCAGUUACAGUACUGUAUGUUUGUGUGCACUGAUCCCAUUAACAUGUCACCAAGUAGCAAUCAGGCGUGAAGUGCACAACAUGGGGCCCGGCCUGAAACUGUGAGCUGCUGAGGUCAUCACGAGCUCCUUAUCAACACCCGUACCCCGGACAGACCCUAAGUCACGACUCAUUAAUACUUGGAGACAAUACUCCGCAGACGGGAGCUCCAUAUUCAGUAAACAACAUGGCAUCCUGGCACGGGGGACGGAAUAACCAAUCAGUGGGAAUACAAAUUUAGACACAACCAUGCACACACACUCACUCAUUCAUCUUUGGGUUGUACCAUCUUGUGCUUUGCUUCCAAGAUUAUAACUUUAAGUUGAGCAUCCAUCAGCGAUACAAGACAAAUCACAAUGUACAGGCCCCUCACAAACUUGUAGCCGUAUACAGUUCGAGGUCUUGUACCUCGCAUUACGUGUACCAGGCUAUAACCGUCAGUCGGCUCAGACUCAGUUAUUUUGCAAAUGAAACAAAAUCUCUGCACAAAACUCAUCCGCCUACUUCAAACAAAUGCAUUUACUUUAACCAAUCAGGUUGUUGUCUGUCUAAUGUUUUAUUACCUUUAUAGAAAAAAAAAUCCAACAACCUCUGCUUCAUUCCUACACCGGACGCAGUCCAUCUUUUGAAGUUGUCCACCUGUGGCACACUAAAGUGGCACAGAAACGAUACGAGGUCAUUCGUGUCCUCUCUGUCAGCAGGUCCUGAAAGACCCCCAGUGAAAACCACAUCAGACUUUUGUGAGGCCCGCAGGCUUCCUCCGACGUCAGUCAGUAGCUGCAUGUUACUUUAUGGAUUACACAACUGACAGUAUGGCACCUGGAACUUUCAUUUCUAAGGACCAGCAACUUCAAACAUCCAAGCCUGCCAAACUAAACAAGUUAACAAAGCAGAGCUUAGCCAAACAGCCCCUCUGAGGAGAGCACCCCAGUACUCGAAUACUGCUUAUAUGAUACUACAUAUUGUUUGAGUGUGCGCUGCUCUUUUUUGUACUUUGUCCAGUUGUAAAUUGUUUUUAAAUGUU